AUGGAGACCGAGGCCACAGCUCUGGGCUCGGAGAAGCUCGAUAUCCGUGAGGUCCAGCCCGUCAACCCCAUUGGCCUAAGUGAGCCUGUCUCCAAUGGGAAAAAGCCCCAGAAAAGUAUCAUCCACGAGUCCUACAACCUUGGUGCUGGUGACGAGGACCCGACCACAGAUGAGCUUCAUGGCCCCAACGCCUUGCGUCGCGUCUCAGCUCCGAUUCCUUGGGCUGUCUACACCGUCGCCUUUGUCGAACUGUGCGAGCGUUUCUCCUACUACGGAAGUCAGGUCCUCUACUCUAAUUUCGUGAACCAUGCACUUCCGCUUCUUGCCCCGGAUGGCCCUCCCGGAUCAAACCAUGCGACCGGGGCUGGUGGGCCUAGCUCCCAGGGUAUAUCGGGUGCUUUGGGCCAGGGUGUCGAAACUGCGAGCGCCAUCAAUACCUUCAACACCUUCUGGUGUUACUGUCUUCCUCUCGUGAGUGCCUACAUCGCCGACGAGUACUGGGGACGAUACAAGACUAUCUCCUGGUCUAUUGCGGCCGCCAUUCUCGGUCACAUCAUUCUAGUUAUCUCUGCCAUCCCACCUGUGAUCAAAAACACUGACGCUUCCUUCGGAGUCUUCAUUCUGGGUGUAAUAAUCAUGGGCUUAGGCACUGGUGGCUUCAAGCCCAACAUAUCCGCCCUGAUUGUCGAGCAGAUACCUAUUGUCAAUCUCAAGGUACGUACGCUCGAAUCUGGUGAGCGUGUUAUCAUCGACCCUACUAUCACCCAGAGCCGUAUCUACCACUACUUCUACGUUUUUAUCAACCUCGGCGCAUUGAUGGGUCAGAUCGGCAUGGCAUAUGCGGAGAAGUAUAUCGGCUUCUGGUUGGCCUUCCUGCUGCCCACGGUCAUGUUCCUGACUACCCCAUUCGUCAUGUGGUGGGGUCGUAACCGCUAUCGUCAGUCUCCCCCCGCAGGUUCGGUAACUUACAAGGCCAUCAAGACUUUCUUUUACUGUAUGCGCGGUCGCUGGCACUACAACCCAUACAUCCUCUGGAAGCGAACUCACGAUGGAACUCUCUGGGACACCGCGAAGCCCUCUAACAUUGCGCCGCAAUCCCGGCCCAAGUGGAUGACCUUUGACGAUGCAUGGGUGGACGAAGUGCGCCGUGGAUUUGCCGCGUGUGCCGUUUUUUGCUGGUUCCCGAUCUACUUCCUAGCCUACAACCAAUUGACAAGCAAUCUCACCGCACAGGCCGGCACGAUGACCUUGAACGGCGUCCCGAACGACGUUGUGAACAAUCUUGACCCCUUGGCGCUGCUCAUCUUCGUCCCGCUCUGCGACACGUUCCUGUAUUCUGGAUUGCGCAAAAUGGGCAUUCGAUUCACGGCCAUCAGGAAGAUCACCCUUGGCUUCUGGCUGGCGUCGCUCUCCAUGAUCUGGGCUGCCGUCAUUCAGUACUACAUCUACCAGACUUCGCCCUGCGGUUACCGCGCUAACAACUGCUACAACAACGACGGCAGUGUCAACCCGACUCCUAUCAUUGUCUGGGCUCAGACUGGUUCGUACGUGCUCGUAGCUUUCUCGGAGAUCUUUGCCUUGAUCACCUCGAUGGAGUAUGCCUAUUCCAAGGCGCCUCGCAAUAUGCGUUCUCUGAUCCAAGCUAUCAACAUGUUCACCAACGCCAUCUCUGCUGCCAUCGCUGAGGCUCUGAUACCGCUUUCCAAGGACCCUCUGUUGAUCUGGAACUACGCCGUCUUCGCUAUCUUGACCUUUGUCGGUGGAAUCAUAUUCAUUAUCCAGUUCUGGAGUCUGGAUCAGGAGGAGGACGAGUUGAACAACUUGCCCGAGGGUCAUGUGCAGGCUAUCGAGAACCGGGACGACUAG